CGGGUGACUUUACGGGCUGCAGCGCCCUGAGAGAUGAAUUAACCGGCAGUUUAUCUCGCUGCAUCUGGCAUCUGGCGUCCGCACGCAUCCGCUGACUGACUGGCCGAGACGCGCGGGACCUUCCCUUACCGCGAAAAGAGAAUAGCCGGGAUCUGCUGCUUCUCCUCCUGGACGAGUCUCCUCUUGUUUCAAGAAUGAUGUGAAGAUCCCUUACGGAGAACACUGCACCUCAGCUCAUCUUUUCCAGCGUAAUCCCGCUCCUCGCUGCUACACGAUUCCCAGGAGGUUUGGUGUGAGCUCUGUUUGUUUGGGAAUGGGGACGUGCUUGGAUAAAGGAUGGACUUACUGCGGCCCCACUAAAGGUCACGGCCCUCCAAAGGUCAUGUUGUGGCCCCUGGCACUGUGGCUAUUGACUCUGAUCUCAGUAAAUCAAAAGACGACGGUUGGACAGACUCUGAAUACCUUCCAAUCAGAGAGGAGGGAAUGGUCGCUGAACCACCUGACUGUGCAUCAGUCCACUGGGGCUCUGUACAUCGGAGCCGUAAACCGAAUCUACAAGCUGUCGUCUAAUCUCACCCUCCUGGUGUCCCAUGACACGGGGCCGGAGUACGACAACAAAGCGUGUUAUCCUCCUCUGAUUGUGCAGCCCUGCUCGGAGCCUUUGGCCUCCACGGACAACGUGAACAAACUGCUGCUCAUCGACUACUCUCACAACCGACUGCUGGCUUGUGGCAGCCUCUACCAGGGCGUCUGCAAGCUGAUGAGGCUGGACGACUUGUUCAUCCUCGUGGAGCCCACACAUAAGAAGGAACACUACCUGUCCAGUGACAACCAGACGGGGACGAUGUACGGGGUGGUCGUGCCCUCGCAGGGUCAGGACGCCACUCUGUACAUCGGCACGGCUGUCGGAGGCAAACAGGACUACUUCCCGACCAUCUCCAGCCGCAAGCUCCCUCGUGACCCGGAGUCCUCGGCCAUGCUGGACUACGAGCUCCACACUGACUUUGUUUCAUCGCUGAUAAAAAUCCCCUCGGACACACUGGCACUCGUCCCCCACUUUGAUAUUUACUACAUCUAUGGCUUCGCUAGCGGCGGCUUCGUCUACUUCAUGACCGUCCAGCCGGAGACCCCGGAGAACGGGAUGCCUGCAGGCAGCUCCCCUGGCGACCUGUUUUACACCUCUCGCAUCAUCCGCCUCUGCAAAGGUGACAAGAGGUUCCACUCCUACGUGUCACUUCCUGUGGGGUGCGUACACAGAGGCGAGGAGUACCGCCUGCUUCAGGCCGCGUACCUGACCAAGCCCGGCAGGGUCCUGGCAAGGUCGCUCAACAUCAGUGUUCAGGAGGACGUGGUCUUUGCGGUGUUCUCCAAGGGACAGAAGCAGUACCACGACCCUCCGGAUGACUCCGCCCUCUGCGUCUUCACAAUCCAAGACAUCAACACACGCAUCAAGGAGCGGCUGCAGUCCUGCUACCAGGGAGAAGGAAACCUGGAGCUGCACUGGCUGCUGGGAAAGGACGUGCAGUGCACCAAGGCGCCUGUUCCCAUCGAUGAUCACUUCUGUGGCCUGGAUAUAAACCAGCCCCUGGGGGGUUCUCAGCUGGUGUCGGGUCAGACAGUCUUCACCGAGAGCAGGGACAGGCUGACCUCCGUCACCUCCUACAACUACAAUGGACACAGUGUGGUCUUCCUGGGCACCAGAAGUGGACGACUGAAGAAGAUGGUGAAUUUACGUGACAUGGAGUUUAAGGCGUGA